UAAACAUACGUAAGAAUUAUUGUUUAUCGAUGAUUUCUUAUGUAUUACAGAUGUCACGUGUAUAAUUUUGUUAUGUAAUCCACGGAAUUAGUGAAUGUUCAUGCAUUGUAGUUGUAAGAAAGAACUUAUACUCUCUAUAUAUAACUGCGUAUACUAGUCAUGAAGACAAUAGAGCACAAAAACAAAAAUAAAGUAGAAAAAACAAUAUGAAGUAUUUGUGUUAUAUAGUGUUUUUAGCGAUUGUGAUCGCACAAAACUAUAAUGAUCGUCUAGGAGUGGAAGCUGUGCCUAAUGAUGGGUUCGUUACUAGGAACGGCCUCCAAUUUAUUCUCAACGGGAAACCAUUUUACGCCAAUGGGUUCAAUGCCUACUGGCUCACGUACGAAGCCACCGAUCCGACUGCAAGAUAUAAGAUCACAAAUGCGUUUCAAGACGCGAUUAGUCACGGUUUGACCAUCGCCCGCACCUGGGGGUUCCACGACGGCGCCAUUUACCGCGCUCUCCAAACUUCCCCUGGUAUAUACGAUGAACAAACGUUUCAGGGUUUGGAUUUUGUGAUAGCCGAAGCAAAAAGACUCGGUAUAAAAAUGAUAAUGCCCCUUGUCAAUAACUGGAGUGACUACGGAGGGAGGAAACAAUACGUGGCUUGGGCUCAAAGUAGAGGCGAGAAGGUAUCUUCAGACGACGAUUUCUACACAAACUCACUUACUAAACAGUUCUACAUGAACCACGUCAAGACUAUGAUGAACAGAGUGAAUACAUUUACUAAAGUUGCAUACAAAGAUGAACCAGCCAUUAUGGCUUGGCAGCUUAUGAACGAGCCACAAUGCAAAUCAGAUCCAAGUGGAAAAACCCUUACGGCUUGGAUUAGUGAAAUGGCUCCUUAUGUAAAAUCACUUGAUCCAAACCAUCUCCUCUCCACUGGUCAUGAAGGUUUCUAUGGUGACUCAUCUCCUCAAAGAAAGACUUUUCUAAAUCCGCCUGCAGCCAACAUAGUUGGAGCUGAUUUCAUAGCUAAUCAUAAUAUCGAUGCCAUUGAUUUCGCAUCGGCUCACUGUGCCGCUGACUUAUGGUUUCAAAAGUUGGAUCAGAAGUCUCGAUUGGAUUUCUCACGGAAAUGGCUCCAAGGCCACAUCGACGAUGCGCAGAACAUUCUUAAAAAACCUUUAAUUCUAGCAGAAUUCGGGGUAGGAACGGACACACCAAGCUACACUCUGGCUAAUAGAGACGCCGUGUUCACCGCAACGUAUAACAUCUUUUACUUGUCUGCGCGAAAAGGCGGUUCGGGCGCGGGAGCAUUGUUUUGGGACCUUAUUAGCGACGGCAUGAGCAACGAUCCGUCAGCCAUUUUACUUCGUGACAAUUCGUCGACGGUUAAGAUUAUAAGUGAGGCGUCAAAAAGAUUGGGUUCGAUUGGUGGGAAAUAAAGUUAAGUCGCAAAAUCUAAAGCUAAUA